GUCUCAGUGCAAUUCCCCAUCAGCAAUCCGAUCCAGUGGAUUCGAACUCGAUCGGUCUGCGCGAUCAACGCAAACUACCCCCUAGUGGCUGGUUACGAUUGUUCAUGGACAGUGUAUGCACCCUUCAGGAACGAUUGUCCUCCGGAUCUGCCAACACCUUAACAUGGGAUAAGGAUGAUGAUUCUGCCAUGGACUUUGUAACCGGAGCUGCUAUUCUUCGUGCUCACCUUUUUCAUUUACCCGGCGCCGAAGAGCUGACACGAUUCACGGUCAAAUCGUUGGCUGGUAACAUUGUGCCUGCGAUCGCAACCACGAACGCAGUCGUUGCUGGCCUAAUGGUCCUACAGGCACAUCAUGUGCUGAACAGAAAUCCCCGAGUGAGUUGUGUGACAUAUGAUUAUUUUUUCACGUGUUGCCGUACCACGAAUUCCAUGCCUGAAUAG